UCCCAAACACCCCACGAAUAGAAACUACAAGAAAGAAAAAAAAAAAAAAAAAAAAAAAAAAAUCCUCCCCAAAGGAGGAAGGAAGGAGAAAGAAGGGGUGAAAAGUCACGAAACACAAGAGAGAAAAAUCGCAACCCCUUUCUGUCUUCGUCCCUGAUUUUCCUUCCCCUAACAAAACUACCCUGGCCUUACCUCUUAUUUACAAGAAUCGCCAUGGGAACUGAGAUCCUCCACCCUCAAGACAUCCUCAACGAACGGCUCAGAUCCGUCCACACAAUCUCUCCCCGCCAGCGGCAGUCACCCUUCACAAACCCUAGAUCUUGGCGGAAACCUGCUGCAAAGCCAGAAACCAAGAAACGGCCGUCCAAACAGGACAGGAUCCCGAAUCCAGACGCAAAUCCUGGAAAGAACCUCGUCAUGGGGCAAGUGACGAUCCUGAAGCGCGGGCAGUCUUUGGAUUUAAAAAGAAGCCAUGAAUUCAACAGGAGGAAUGAUCUGAAGAAGUCGGUUUCUCUGACCGAGUCGGAUCUGAUCGUCUGUGGGACGGAACGUCUGGGGCCCGAUCCAGAGCUGGUCCCUAAGCAGAUCGCCGUCCUGUCGCCUUCCCUCUUCCGAUCUAAUGGAGUGUACGCCGGAUCGGCCUUCUCACAGUCCCCGCCCCCGAGCUCGCUGCCACUGCCUAAAUUCUCCAAGAGGAAAGAAGGCGCGGCGACAGCCAUCGAUGACUCGGCCACGAAAGAUCUGAGGCGUUUGCUUCGUCUUGAAUAAAUUGUCCGGGAUAUGGGCUUUUUCGGUUUCCCAUCUUGUCCCCGAUCUUACCUUCCUGUGAUUUUUUUAAACGGGAAGGAUGGUUGGGAAAUUUGGGGAAAAGGUAAGGGGUUUCGUUAUCUUUUAAAGGUAUGAUGUAGGGGUAAUUUGGGAAGGGGAUGUUGUUUGUAUAAUCUUGAUUUCAGGUUUUAUGGUGUUUGGUUUCUAAUCGUUGUGAAACCUUCUUCUUUUUUUUUUUGUUUGUUUGUUUUUAGGAUUGGAGAUUUCUUUUUUAUUAUUAUUAUAAUUAGUUCUAGUGUUUGGUGUAAAAAUGAGAGAAAUUGGGGUUUGAUUUUGAUUCCCCUUUUCCUAUCUCUGUGUUAGGGUCUUAAAAUGGUUUGUGUUUGUAAAUGAAUGAAAUGAAAUGCCUCUAGAAAUUAGAAAUUCAAA